GGAGCUAUCUGCCGAAGCCAAACGGAAUAAAUGGAGACUACCGGACCUCCUGAUAAGGUCACACCUUCCUUAACUUCUGAAGUACUCUAAAAGAUAUUGCUCGUGCACGGUUUGUCCAUAUGGUGAGUAGAAAGCAACGUAAUUGUUGAAAAUGAGUUCCGGUUCCGUUCUUUCCUUCUUUCCUUACAAUGCUUGGUCCUUGAAGAAAAACUUUUCUUCUCAUCCGCGUACCAACGCAGUGAAAUCGCACUAUCCUUUUGACUUCUACCUAGUCGCGUAACUUAUAAAUUUUGGGAACUUGAUCAAAACCAACGAUUUCUUUUUCACAAAAACAAUCACGUCACCGGUAUCCCUACAACUACGACAACUACCACGACUUUCGCGUAUGCAAUACACCAAAUCCAAUAUGGAACCAGGAAAACCUCAUGCUCCUUGGGAGCCGCUACCUAAUUGGUACGAUACCAAAUUAGAAGAUAUUCUUCCUCGCGAUGGAUUCGUCUUCCCGGACGGAUACAAGAUCUUCAACGUUAAGCAAGACUGGGUCCGAGUUAAAUGGGCUAUUGAGGCGCCGGCUCCUACCCUCGAGGAACAUAAGGUCGACGCUGUACUAGCCGCUAUCAUGGACGACGCCAACAUCAUUGCCGGUGCUUUCCGUCAAAACCGUCUGAUUUUCAACGACAACAACAACAGAAGCUGCCUCUCUACUGACGAAAUCCUCGAGUCAGCCUGCAAAGAGCACGACUGGACCGAAAUCGUACCUGACGGCCGAUUCCCCCAUCUUCUGAAGACCCUUAUCCGCGCCCGCAAGUUUUACAACCAGAUCACGCAUAUCCGGGGCCGUUCCGAGGCGGAGAAGGAUAAACAGCAGGGAAAGCUGGCCACCGCAAUUGACGUGUGGACCAAGACGCACCCGGUUGAUGAUCCCGACCCGCGCUACGCGCGAAUGACAGCAGAUCUCAAGGAGUCCAUGAUCAACCGACUGAUUGAGGGAAAGGGCGUAAAGCGGGCCAGGGACGACGAGUCGACGGACACGGAGAAGGAAGCAGACAACAAGCCUGACGACCGUGGCCCAGACAAGUGCACGAACCACAAGAGAUCCAAGAAGUCCGAAAAAGAACCCCAGAAGAAAGUCCGGAAGGUAUCCAGGAAGGCAUUUCACAAGGACCUGAGCGACGAAGACUGCCCCUGGGUUCACACCAAUUACUCGUCUACCCCCCAGCGCACGCCAGCGGCGCCGAUGUCAACGGAAGAAGAGGAUGACGAGAGUGCCCCCUGGGUCCGUUGGUCCCAGACCAGGCGAGCACGACAGCUUUUACGUACUCCGGCGACGGAGAAGCACUUGAUGCUGUACCGCACGUGAGCACAGUCGUAUGCGAGGAAUAUCCGAAAGGAAACGGGGGAGGGUACUUUAGCAGGUGGUCAGGUGUUUAAGGGGGGUUGGCACGGGGAAAGGUAC